CAGCUGAAGCAUUGUGACAGUAGCAGUCCAGCCAGUUGUCAGUCAAGUUGUCUCCGCGUUGUAGUUGAUUAGAGUGUAAAUUCCCAACGAUGAUGUUGCAGAUGUCCUUCCACAAAGCUCUCCUCUUCCACUGAGUAAAUCAAUCGCAAUUCCCAAUUGCAAUUUGAUCUUGAAUCUUGAUCAUGACGACGAAAAAAAUUGUACAGAACCAGGAGGAGGUGCCAGAGCGAGGCACCUGGGCCAGCAAAACAGAAUUUAUUCUCUCCUGCGCUGGUUAUGCCAUCGGAAUAGGAAAUGUCUGGCGAUUUCCGUACUUGUGCUAUAGAAAUGGCGGGGGAGCUUUCCUUGUGCCAUACCUGCUCUUGCUAUUCCUGUGUGGAAUUCCUCUCUUCUUCAUGGAGUCCUGCAUGGGACAGUUCGGUGGAACAGGAUGCAUCACGAUGUUCAGGAUGAGUCCGUUAUUCAAAGGUGCUGGAUUUGCGAUUGUCAUCGUGAAUUUCAUCUGCACGAUGUAUUACAAUGUCAUAAUUUCCUAUCCCCUCGUGUUCCUGUCGAUGUCGUUCAAGGACAAGCUUCCUUGGGAGGACUGCGAUAAUCCGUGGAACACUCCAAGUUGUAUAAUGAUCAACGACGUUCGAGUCGAAAAUACAACCGAAGUCGAAGGACUCCUGCAGAAGGUCAGCACUCCUGCCGAGGAGUUCUUCAAUAAUCACGUUCUUGAAAUUUCACCGGGGGUCGACGAAAUCGGUGGCAUCGUCUGGCCCCUCUUCAUCUGCAACCUCAUCUCCUGGAUCGUCGUCUUCCUCUGCAUUUUCAAUGGCGUAAAAAGCGUCGGCAAGGUGGUGUAUUUCACGGCUACCUUCCCAUUCUUCAUCCUGUUUAUUCUACUCCUGCGAGGUGUCACCCUUCCAGGUGCCUCGGACGGUAUCUGGUUUUAUAUAACACCGAAGUGGUCACAACUUACUAAUUUACGAGUUUGGGCUGAUGCAGCUAUUCAAAUAUUCUUCUCCCUGGGCCCAGGAUGGGGUGGAAUCGUCAAUAUGGCCAGCUAUAAUCAAUUCAGAAAUGAUAAUCGAUUAGAUGCCAUUUGGAUUCCAAUCCUCAAUUGUGGAACAAGUAUUUUUGCUGGUUUUGUUGUGUUCUCGGUCUUAGGAUUUAUGGCACACAGAACAGGCUUGCCCAUCGCAGCAGUGGCAACCGGAGGACCGUCUUUGGCUUUCGAGACGUACCCAGCAGCUCUCACGAUGCUCCCCUUUCCCCAGCUGUGGUCUGUCCUCUUUUUCGCAAUGCUCUACUUCCUGGGAAUGGAUAGUUGCUUCGUGCAAAUCGAGGCCAUCAUAUCAAGCGUCACCGACGCGUACCCGAAUUUGAGGAAACGAAAACAACUCGUGGCGAUGGGCUCAAUAUUCAUUCUUUUCCUAGGAUCUCUGAUAUUCGUGACAAACGGUGGAAUGUAUCUUCUCCAAAUGUUUGACUGGUACGCAGCUUCUGUCUCUGUGAUAUCCAUUUGUCUAGCUGAAGUAAUCGUUGUCGGAUGGACCUACGGCUGUGACAAUUUCGUGCGAGACGUUGAGUUCAUGUUGGGUAACAAAUUGAACCCAUGGUGGCCAUAUUCCUGGAAAUACAUUACUCCAGUCAUCCUGACGUUGAUAUUCGCCACGACCAUUGUAUUUAACACGCGAAUAUCAUACAAUGGUGUUCAGUAUCCUGAGUGGGCAGUCUUUCUGGGGUGGUGCUCAUGCAUGGUGAGCAUGAUUUGCAUCCCUGGGUACAUGAUAUACUUUCUCCUCACUACCAAGGGCUCAUUUAAGAAGAGAUUCGAGGUGGGCACGAGCCCCACCCCAAAAUGGGGCCCCCAGAAAGCUGGGGACCGAGAAGCGUGGAAAAGAUAUCUAUCAGGAACAACGAGCGAUCCAGAGCUCUCCAACAUAAACAUCAUAAGGAUCACAAGUCUCUGAUGAAUGGAGAGAAGAUCUCACGCAUCAGGAAUGGCGCCAUCAGAAUUCAUCUGUCUGACAUGUUAACCUAAGUUAACCUAAUUAUGAAUCAUAAGAUUUUAGGGGUGUAAUCAAAAUUAUUUGUACCGAGUUAACAUUGUUUUCCAAAUU